AGACGGAUAUGGACGCGUCUGCAAUCUCCGCGGCGUGAAUCUCUCCGGAUCCUGCAAAACGUGCGUGCAGGCGCAGAAUGUUCAGCAUUCACAAACUCACCUGCGACUCAAGCCCAGUCAAUCACGAUCACGACAUAUUCCCUGCCGAACACCAUAGCGCAACCUUCGUCGGCCGUCCCUUCCCUCUAUCAGAGGCACACGAACACUUGUCGCGACUACGACGGUGGGGGCUCACUUUUGUGCGCUUUCUCGUUACUUGGGAAGCCGUCGAACAUGCUGGCCCCGGACAAUACGACACGGAAUAUCUUGGCUACGUCCGCGCACUUCUCUCCAUGCUUCCCCAAUACGGUCUCGCUGCCUUCGUGUCGAUGCACCAGGACGUAUGGUCGCGCUAUUCCGGUGGCUCUGGAGCACCUGCUUGGACAGUGGAUGCAGUGGGCUUCGACUUGCACGCUCUAGAAGAGACUGGGGCAGCUUUCCUUCGCGGCGUUGUUGGCGGUGGGCACAUCGAGGAUGAGCGCGGCAUAUGGCCCUGUGGCUACCAGAAGCUCGCUGCCGCCACCAUGUCCACCGUUUUCUGGGCCGGCGAUACAUUCGCCCCGAAGCUCAAAAUCACCGAUGCACAGAUACCCGUACAGGAAUUCCUCCAAGGUGCCUUCCUGAACAUGUUCGAGCAGGUCGUACGCGCCGUCGGUGACCUCGAAGCCGUGAUUGGCUUUGAAGUGAUGAACGAGCCUCACCGCGGGUACAUCGACCUCAAGUCUCUUCAUAGCUUCGACUACAACACCGACCUUCAUCUGUCAUACGUGCCCACUGCCUUCCAAUCUUUCCAGCUAGGCGCUGGCCGCCCGACAGAAGUCGCGCACUGGACACGCUCAUUUCCCUUCCCAACUCGCAAGACAGGUAGCGCGGUGCUCAAUAUGGACAAGCGCAAAGUCUGGCGAGAAGACGGGCCCACUGGUGGUCACUGCUUGUGGGAGAUGCACGGCGUAUGGGGGUGGGACGUAAAGAAGGAUACCGCAGUGGUGCUUCGCGAGAACUACUUCUCGAAACAUCCUAUGACAGGCAAGCCUGUCGAGUGGUACACCGACUUCUAUUAUCCAUUUCUCCAACGCUGGGCCAGCCGCGUACACGCUACCGCACCGAACAAAUUCCUCUUCGUCGAGCCCAUCCCGAACGAGUUCUGCCCGCCGUCGUGGCGAGCAAACCAAGUUCCCAACAUGGUAUACGCACCGCAUUGGUACGACCUCAACACGCUCUUCUCUGGCGAGUUCGGUGACUUCACGGUCAACGUCCAAGGCCUCUCGCGCGGCAUGUUCCUCCCCCGUGCACUAUACUGGGGUCAAGGCGGCGCGCGCGACAACUACGCUGUUCAGAUCCGCAACAUCGUCAACGCCGGCCACGCCUCCCUCGGCGAGCGCCCCGUCCUUAUCGGGGAGUGUGGCAUCCCGAUGAACCUGAACAAGGGCGAGGCAUUCAAGACGGACGACUACACCUGGCAGCUGCGCGCCAUGGACGCGCUCGUCACCGCGCUCGACCGCGCCCUCGUCGGCUUCACGCUGUGGAACUACAACCCGCUGAACGACGAUAGGACGGGCGACGACUGGAACGGGGAGAACUUCUCGUGGUUCAGCCAGAGGCGCGCGCUCCCGCCGUCGCUUCUCUUCGAUGAUCCAAACCACCCGGGGCCCAUCCCGCAGGAAAGUCCGAUGCUUGAUAACGGCGGACGGAUUCUGCCUGCGAUAGUGCGCCCGUACCCGGCGAAGACGGCGGGCGUGCCGCUGCGCUUCAAGUACGAGGUCACGGAGGGAGAGUGCGAGUUCGAGUGGGCCUCGAGCCCGGGCGCGGGGGAGAAGGCUAGCGUGGGCUCAUCUGGAGACCCUGCGCAAUAUCCACCCGCUCCGUCGCAGCCACACGUUCGCUCGCGGGAGACGGAACUCUUCCUUCCCUCGCAGCUCACGCAAGGGCGGCGGCUGCGCGUGACCGGACUUGAGGAGGGUGAUCGCUAUGUCCACGACCAGCAGCGACAGACGUUGUUCAUCGUGACAGCACGCAACGCACCGGGCACGCUGCAUCGAGUUCAUGUAGCAGUCGAUCCGCCGCCUCGUCCUGCCUUCGAGGUGAACGACUUCUGGAGCGACUUCGGUGGGCAUGUUACGAUGGUCGCGAUGGCCCUGCUGGCGAUCCUUUUGUUCUUCGUUAUGCGGAGCUGGCAAUGAUACAGUGGAAUAGAUGGGGUUUAAGUGUACAUAAAUACAUCUCGUGGGUCAUCAUACAGCAAUCGGGACGCGCGAUCUUCAUCUAGAAACGUCACUAGACAUACCCAAAUUCUCCAUACCUACAUAUACAUCGGCAGGCUGUCCGCCUUCAGGCCUAUCCACUGGACAUCUUGGUCGUAACUCCAGGACGUCCGACUUGUCCUGAAUAUAUUCGCGUGCUGGUCCCUUGCCCUUGCAGCCCAUGCUAGAGACACUUGACCCACGUACUGUAGCCGAGGGUUGCGUCCCCGAAUCGUACGAGUCGUAUGAAUCCUCCAGUACCGAAUCAUUCCCUGGCAGGCCAGGCGCCGCUGCGAAAGAGAUCC